GCAUCAUUAAAUUGUGCCAUCAAAAUGCAAGAUCACUGAGAACAAUACCAAUCAAAAGAGAAUCAAAUCAAAAUAAUACAAACAAAAACAAUUACUUAAGUUAACAAAUUCAUAAAUUGCAACUGCACAGCGCCAACGCCUAAGCGGCUCAUCAAGCAAAUGGCGCUGCUGCUGCCAAUGCCUAGAAAUGGUUUUGGCUUAAACUGUUACUGGUAUUCCCAGCUUACCUAAAACGAAAACAACAAAAAAUAAUACACACAAGAAAGAAAAAAUAGCAAAACAAACAAACACAGAGUGCGACAGAGACGGAGUGAGAAAGAGAGCGUGCGCGCCCGCCCGCCCGCCAGCCAACCGCAAGGAAGGCGCGAGUGCAAGCGAGCGAGAGCUUAAGUCUCUUGCUCUGGGGCAGCGCAUAGGAAAUGGGUCCGAAGAAGCGUUCCAGCGUCGCUGAACGCCAGCAGCGUGCCACAAAUGCUGCUGCCGCUGCGUCGUCGCCAUCGGCAUCGGCAUCGGCAGCGACGUCGACGGCUAAGAAGCGCAGCAUUGGCAAGCAGCAGAAGCUAAUGGACGAACCGGAUGAUAAAAAGAGUAGCAAAGCCGAGGCAGCAGCAGCAGCAGCAAAGCGACAGCAGUCAACGGCAUCAAGUGCUAUAACAACAACAACAACAACAGCAGCAACAACCGCAACAGCAACAGCAACAGUUGCUGCUGCAACAACAGCAUCGACAACAACAACAACGGCUGCUGAUAAAGCUGGCAGCUCGACGACGCCGAAACUGUCCGCAGAGGAGCGGCAGGAGGAUGGUAAGGCGCGAGCCAUUAACAAGAUGCUGAAGAGUCUGGACAUCAAGAUCCAUGGCUUUGACAAUCUGUUGCCCAGCGGCGAGGAGCGCAUAGGCGAGGGCCUCAAGUCUUCCAUAUCGGAGAACGUGAAGACCAAAUCGCGGGCGGCGGCGGUCAAGGUGAUAGCCAGCCUGAAUCCGGGCAAGCCGUUCAAUGUGAAGCGCCAGCGGGCGGACAAUGAGUCAAGCCGAGCGGAGAGGGAGCGCGAGAGGGAGAAGGAGCGAGAAAAGGAAAGGGAAAAGGAACGGGAACGGGAAAAAGAAAGAGAGAAAGACAAGGAAAAGUCCAAGGAACCGGAGGCAGUAUUAGGCGAGCCAAAGGAUGCUCAUUGCGAUAGCAAAGAAUCUCCUGGCGCCAAGGGCGCCAAACAGUCGUCCAAGAAGGCCAAGCUGGAGCCGCCGUCCAGCAAGGGGACAAAGGCGACGCCCAAGAAGCAGCAGCAGACGCCAACGUCGCAGUCGGCCGAGACGCCGGCAGCGAAAAAGGAAAAGCAGCGCGCUGCAGCAGCUGUGGCCAGGGGUGGCAAAAAGUUGCAAUCAGCAGCAGCAGCAACAACUCCUGCAACAACAACAACAACAACAACUCCGUGUGAAACCGAGUCCAGCAAAGCAAAGACACGCGCCCAGCUGGAUUCCAAUACGGAGCCGGUGCAGAUGGAGCUGGAGGAGAUCAAUACCACACAGACGCCUCUAACGGCAGCCACGCCCACGCCAGCGCAUACGCCCACGCCGGCAGCGACACCCACACCCACACCCGCAGCCACACCCACGCCCACGCCGACGCCCACACCAACACCAACACCCACACCGACGCGCACACCCACACCUGCAUCCACGCCCAUUGAGUCAACGCCGGCCAAGCAGCGGCCCAAAAUCAAGUACAGUAAAACAUCGGCGAGCAAGGCGCGACUGCAGCAGGCCUGCAGCAAAACGGCGCUCGCCAGCCUGAGCGCGGCCAAGGAUAUUUACGACUUCAAGUCGGGAUCGGAGGACGAGGAGCCGAUCAAAAUGGUGCUGCCAGCGCUGAAGGAGCUGCGCGACUUCUCCGACGAGGACAACAAGCCGCUGAAGCAGCUCGAGCAACGGCUGCUGGCCAAGGAUGCCAAGGAGGCCAAGGAGGCCAAGGAGUUGAAGGAGUUGAAGGAGACGGCGGAGCAGACGACGCCAACUGUUGCCGCAGUUGCGGAGGCGCCGCCUGAGCCGCAGCCCAGCGCUGCCAAAGGCGGCAACAAGAAGCAGAUCAAACGUAAGCCAAAUACGCCCACGCCAGCACCGACAGCAGCAGCAGCAGCAGCAGCAGGAGGAGCAGGAGCGGGAGCAGCAACAGCUGCUGCUGGCAAAAAGAAGCCAACGGGCGGCAAAGCGAAGCAGCCAACGCCGCCGGCAGCGGCCAGCGACAGUUCCCGCUCGGAGAGCAGCGACUCGGAGGACGAGAAGAAGCUGAGCAGCUAUGGGGCGAAGCGGCACCGCAUGGCCUCGCUGAAUGCGCUGGCCAAGGUGCAGUGCCUCUACGAGAACGAGUCGCGCACGGCCCACGAGCUGGGCCUGUCGAAGGCGACGCAGCAGCCGCCGCGCAUACGGACGCUGGACGGCAGCGAUGAUGACAACAAUCGCGGCGAUAUGCCGCCGGACAAGGAUAAGGACAAGGACAAAGACAAGGACAAAGAUCGCGAUCGAGACAAGGACAAGGAUAAGGAUAGGGACAAGGGCAAGGAUCGGGAUAGGGGCGAUGCGGAGAAGGCCAAUGCGGCUGUGGUGGAGCCACGGCGAGAGCUGCGCCAUGUGACCGGUGGGCGUGGCGUGGGCAAGCACUGGGAGCUCGAUAGCGACAGCGAGGCGGAGGAGCUGCAGCUGCAGCGUCUCCAGCAGCAGAAGAAGAAGAAGCUGCAGAAGAAAGCGCCCGCCAAGAAGCCCAACGACACGGAGUCAAAGAAGAAGCCCAACAAAAGGGUUCAGCCGGAGGACAGCGACGAUGCUGACGACGACAAGGACAAGGACAAGGACAAGGAGAAAGAGAAGGAGAAGGAGAAGGAUGACGACAAGAGCAAGUCAAAGGACAAAGACAAGGACAAGGACAAAGAGAAAUCAAAGCCGCCGCCCAAGCAGCUGCCCAAGAAGCGCAAGAGCGCCUUCCACGAGGAGCUGAUUGGCGACUACAAGGGUAUAUUGGCGCGCAAGCGCAUGGCCAGCCUGAAUGCCAGCGCGAUCGUGGCGGCCACCUACGAGGUGGAGCGGCACUUGGAUAAGAAUCUGGCCAGCGAUUGCAGCAGCUUCGAGAGCUAUGACGAGCUGGAGAUUAUCAAGCCGGCGGUGACAAAGACAUCGGCAUCAGCAUCCGCAUCGGCAUCCGCAUCCGCAGCGGCAUCCGCAUCGGCAUCCGCAUCGGCAUCGUCGUCCAGCAAAUCGAACACGACGAAGUCAGCCCAAGCACAGGCCGAGGUGCUGCACAUCAAGAAGGAGCCAAAGGAGCCGAAGGAGCCGAGGGAAACGCGCGAAUCGAAGGAGGCCAAAGAGCUGAAGGAACUGAAGGAUGCGGCGCUGAGCAAUAAGCCGCAGAGCAACAUGAUUGAGGAGAGCAACGACUCCAAGUACUCCAAGGAGACGAAGGAAACGAAUACGGAUACCACCAUCACAACGACUGGGUAUCGCGGCGACUCGAGCAGCGCCAAAGAUGCCAAGGACUGCAGCCGUCCGACCUCAUCCAGUGUGGUCAUCGUCCAGGACACGGACGUCACCAUCACCGGCGUCUAUGUGAAUGCCAGCAAUGGCGCCGCCCAGGAGGCCUACUGCAAAAUGCAAUAUCGUGUUCAGUCCAGCGUCACCGAGGAGCGGCUGCUGCGACCCGGCUCCGUCGAGCCACCCAAAUCCUAUACGCCGCUCAGCGCACUGUCCAGCAUGCUGCCGCCGGGCGCCAGUUCCGGACUCAGCGAGGCUCACAGCUCGCCGCCGUUGCCAGUGCAGGCGCCGGCGCCGCAUGUCCUGCUGCCCGGCGAGCCACUCAGUGCGGGCAUGUACCAUGCUCCGGAUCUGGGCCUGCACACGGAGCACAUGCCGCCGGAUCAUCAUGGACCGCCGCCGCCAUCGUAUGCAGCCGCUGCGGCAGCUGCGGCCGCUGCCGCUGCCGCCUAUCACGCCCACCAGCUGGCGCCCGCGGGCAGUGGUGUGCUGCACAUGCACCACCAGCAUCAGUAUGCCGCCGCCCAUGCAGCGCAUGCGGCGCACGCCCAUCACUACCAGCAGGCGGCCGAGUAUCAUGGCGGUCCACCGCCGCCGCCGCCGCCUCAUCACUAUGGCGGGCCGCCGCCCCAGGGCCAUUACGGUCCGUUGCCGCCGCCGCCGCCGCAGGUGGGUCCGCCGGCCGUGCCGCCGGACCGCUGUGACGUUGGCUCGCCGCCGCCCUCGUAUCGGGCGAGUGCAUAUCCGCCGCCGCCGCCCGCCGGAGUGCCACCGACGCUGGGCGGCGGCUCGAGCGCCUUCUGUGCGCCCAAUCCCCAUCAUCAUCAUCAGCAGCACCAGCAGCAGCCGCCCCCGCAUCAUGAUCCCAGCGGUAAGUCCCUCAGCUUCAAAGCGACCAAUAUUUUCCACAUGCUAAACUUUAUCCAUGGUUGGCCAAAAAACCUC